AUGCCACUGGCGCCUACAGCUUCCUCUUCGAGAGCGCCGACGGCAUCAGUCGUCAGGAGCAGGGCGCCCCUCAGGGGCCGAAUGGCGCCGUGGCUUCCCAGGGAGGAUGGUCUCUUCACCUUCGUAGCUGACGGUGCAGGUUACCGCGUGCAGUCUGACCUGCUGCCCACGCCCCCACCUCUCCCCGCCCACGCCAUCGCCCAGAUCGAGAAGGCUCGUCAGGAGGACGCCGCCGCAGCUUCUGCCCCAAGGAACAAUUACAGUGCCCCAGCCCCUGCUCCUUUCCCUGCCCCAACCCCUGUUCCUUUCCCUAUCCCAGCCCCUGUCCCAGCUUCAGCCCCUGCCCCAGUCCCAGCUUCAGCCCCAGCCCCAGCCCCAGCCCCAGCCCCAGCUCAAGCUCCAGCCCCAAUAAUCAGUUACAGUGCCCCUGCCCCACAGACAAACUACUCGUUCCCACAAUAG